AUGGCCGGCUCGUAUGUCGGAGGCUCCGCGGCCUUCUCUUCCCUCUUCUAUUCCCAGGACGCUGCCGCAAAUCCCGGUGGAUCUGGCUUCGCUGGCCUUACAAAGCUGGGUGGUACCUCGAAGCCCCAAGAAGCAGUUGGUCUCACGCCAGACAAAGAGCACCGGCGGCUCGAGAAUGAAGCUCGCCAGGCUGGUGCUCGCGACCGCGGGUUCAAUAGACGAGCCACAGCGCUCUCAUUUCGGAGCCCGUUCCCGCCGUUGUGGGAUGAGUGGACAGCGGAGCAAACCCAGGUGGGCUUCGAGAAUCCCGGCAACUCGUGCUAUCGAAACGUGGUCUUCCAGCUGCUUGCGCAUUCCCCGGCCAUUGUUCGUUGGGCCCGAUGGUACAAGGACCGUCAUAUCCCGCCGAGUUUUCUAUGCGAGCUAGGCACUGACGGAGGGGAAUGCCUGAUCUGUAUGCUCCACAACUUCCUCGCCAGUUACUGGGACUCCAGCAUGAACGAACUGGACCAGAAGUUUGACAUCUUCUGGAAGGAGGUUUAUGAAGAGUGGUGCGUCGAAAAUGAGUGCGUCAUGGAAGGCCAGCAAGAUCCGGGGGAACUCCUCAUGGACAUUUAUCGCCAACUUGAUGCCGCGCUGCCAGCAGUUUAUUCAGAUGACCUGCCGCAGAUAACAGAUAUCGAGGCGACCACGAUCCAACAGUGCCAAGGACAAGGUGCUUGUGAAGAUUCUGAGGAGGUUAGGAGCUGGCCCCGGUUGGUAGUCAAUUAUGGUGAAUCGGAUCUGGUCGAUAUUGUCCAGAACACUGUGAGCGAACUGUUCACCCAGCAGUCCACUCUUCCUGCUUGCGAGAAAUGCUCUGGCAAGAAAGUCGAGCAAGCGUAUCUCAUCCGUGCCCCGGAGCAUCUUGCAGUACAAGUCAAUCGGACCAAUGAUCUAGGAAUCAAGGUCCAACGUCCUAUCGAAUUCUCGGAGAAGCUCACCUUGGCCAAAGAAUGGCUCGAUCCUGGGAUCAAAAAGGAUGGCUUGUACGACGUCGAGUACGAACUCUCCGCUGUGAUUCUGCAUGAUGGUGCCAAUACCCGGACGGGUCACUAUACCAUCAUCGUCAAGGGAAGAACUGGCCAAUGGACCUUGAUAGAUGACGAGAUAGUCAAGUCCAUUCAUUUCAGCGACUUCAAGGGUUUGCAAAAGAACCAAGAGCAUGCUUAUCUCUUUUCUUACACACGUGUGCCCUUCCACGAAACCAGAGAGAAGGCGCUCCGCUACCAGCAAAUCUGGAAUCCAAAAUUGUCGCAGGGAGGAUACGGCUCGAGCCCCUACUCUCCGGCUGAAACCGCACGCAACCAUCCUACUAGUUCCUCGAGCAGAGGCCGGAGAACAGAUUCAGACCCAAUGGAUGUCGACGAACAAGGGAUUCCGAACCCUCCUCGACCCCCUUCUCCUCCCCCGGUCAGAACGUACACGCCUGCUCCCCCUCCCUCUCCCCCUCCUCCAAACCAGAAGAGCCAGAAGAACAGGGAGGAUGAGGAGACUGAGGAGGGCGAAAAGGGCGAAGAGGGUGAAGGGAGUGAAGCGGAGGAAGGAGACAAUGAAAUGGGGGUUUCUUACUAUUCCUACGAGUAG